AUAAAUCAGCCAGCUUUCCCCGCCACUUGUUUGGAGCUGCACAUUCGAGCGAGGUGUGAGGCCGUUUUUUGAGGCAAAAACAAGAUGCUCCUGACCGGCGCGGAAGGCCAGCGAACGGGCGUCAUCCAGAAGGCUCCUUCUAGCCGACCGGAGCACGUCAAGAGGCCCAUGAACGCAUUCAUGGUGUGGUCCCGGGGUCAGCGGCGCAAGAUGGCACAAGAGAACCCCAAGAUGCACAACUCUGAGAUCUCCAAGCGACUCGGCGCAGAAUGGAAGCAACUGAAUGAGUUGCAAAAACGACCUUUCAUUGACGAAGCGAAACGGUUACGGGCCCUCCACAUGAAGGAACAUCCAGAUUACAAGUACAGACCUCGAAGGAAACCAAAGCCCGUGGUCAUCAACGACGGCUCUUCUUCCAAUGUUCCACCUUCGCAGAAGACAGACCCGCCGAUCGAGAAGUUGACCUGGAGUCAGCCAUCACCGCCGGAACCGUUUUACUUCAAAGGAGGCCCAGAGCUGAGUCCAGCAGCGCUGUAUCGGGGAGGCUUCGUUUAUCCUCACCGGUUAGUUCAGCAGCCUUCUCCCUACUACCACCCGUCCCUCCACCCGUACUUGUGGCUUCAAGACCGAGGACUUCCCCGGCCGACGCCGAUAUUGUCGGCGCAUAUCAUGUGACGAUGGUGAUGACGCUGUAUCCAAGCUUGGUGCCAAAGACUGCUAAUUUCUUGGGACAUGUGCUUCCGUGAUAACUCGCAGUUUUGUACAUAUAUGGAGGAGGAGUACUUUAUUGCUUCAUUGAACUUUUGCAGAUGGUGCGUACGUUGCUUGAUAACUCAAAAAUACCCUUCGUUGCGAGUCUCAACGAGAAAAUUUCCAAAACUGCAUGGUGGGAGGGAAAAAAAAGAACACUUCUUGCAUCUUCGUGCAAACUUACGAAGAAACAGUUUGAGCAUCGUCUGCAAAGUUUGAGACAGGGUUUUUAUUUUUGUCACACGAUUGAAUCGUAUAAUAUUUACGAGUAUAUGUCAUGACAUGUGCAUGUAAUGCACAUUGAAGUCCCAAUGCCUAGUCCAUGUGCACUCUUGUAUUGAACAUUUCAUGAAGUCGACUGACUAAGGUGGUCAAGGUGUUCAGCUGAUGUCGACAACGAUUGUUUGGCUCUGAUGCAGCCAAUCAGGUUCUCAACUUUGAUACAUCUUGGGAACGCAACGACAUGAGCGGGAAAAAAAAAAUCAAAAUAUAGUAUUUUUUGUACGAUACUGAGUGCAAUAAAAAGUGAGAUGACAAAAAUA